GGUAGAGGGUGUGUGGCAGGGCGGGGCUAGAUUGUCCUAUCUAAGGUGGGAAAGGCCAAUGGUAAUCCAGGCCACCUCUCCUAGAAAGUCAUUUCGAGCCUUUAAAAUUCUCGCCUCCCGAGGCACCACAAAGGACCAGAACUGCUUGGCUCACCUGUUCUUUUUCUCCUUGCAAAAGUCCCGUUCGACACCAUGGGGAUGUACCAAGUGAGACUGUAGGGAAAGAAGGUGGUGACUGGCACUCCUGACUACUGGCUGCUGCUCACCUCGAUGCUAGUAGAUUUCUAGCAGGAUCAAAACUGACUGUUAACCCACCUCUACAUCCCCCUGGCGCCGUUCCAGGGCCAACGCCACAUUCCCGGCUGGGCACGCAAUGGCCGCACCCCCUCCCGCUGCAGACGGUUCUUUCGGUACACGCAGUCCGAGGUUGCCAUGGAUCGGAUGAAGAAGAUCAAACGGCAGCUGUCAAUGACACUCCGAGGGGGCCGAGGCAUAGAUAAGACCAAUGGUGUCCCUGAGCAGAUAGGCCUGGAUGAGAGUGGUGGCGGUGGUGGCAGUGACCUUGGGGAAGCCCCCACUCGUGUUGCCCCUGGGGAGCUUCGCUCUGUUCGGGGCCCACUCAGCUCUGCACCAGAGAUUGUGCACGAGGACAUGAAGAUGGGAUCUGAUGGGGAGAGUGACCAGGCUUCAGCCACAUCCUCAGAUGAGGUGCAAUCUCCAGUGAGAGUGCGCAUGCGCAAUCACCCCCCACGCAAGAUCUCCACUGAGGACAUCAACAAACGCCUGUCACUACCAGCUGACAUCCGGCUGCCUGAGGGCUACCUUGAGAAGCUGACCCUCAAUAGCCCCAUCUUUGAUAAGCCUCUUAGCCGGCGCCUCCGCCGUGUCAGCUUGUCUGAGAUUGGCUUUGGAAAACUGGAGACCUACAUCAAGCUAGACAAGCUAGGUGAGGGUACCUAUGCCACUGUCUACAAAGGCAAAAGCAAGCUCACAGACAACCUUGUAGCACUUAAGGAGAUCAGACUGGAACACGAAGAAGGGGCACCCUGUACUGCUAUCCGGGAAGUGUCCCUGCUCAAGGACCUCAAGCAUGCCAACAUCGUCACACUACAUGACAUUAUCCACACAGAGAAGUCCCUCACCCUUGUCUUUGAAUACUUGGACAAGGACCUGAAGCAGUACCUGGAUGACUGUGGAAAUGUCAUCAACAUGCACAAUGUGAAACUGUUCCUGUUCCAGUUGCUCCGUGGCCUGGCCUACUGCCACAGGCAGAAGGUGCUACACCGAGACCUCAAGCCCCAGAACCUACUCAUCAACGAGAGGGGAGAGCUCAAACUGGCAGACUUUGGCCUGGCUCGUGCCAAGUCAAUUCCUACUAAAACAUACUCCAACGAAGUGGUGACACUGUGGUAUCGGCCCCCUGACAUCCUACUUGGGUCCACAGACUACUCUACCCAAAUUGACAUGUGGGGUGUAGGCUGCAUCUUCUAUGAGAUGGCCACAGGCCGGCCCCUCUUCCCAGGUUCCACAGUGGAAGAACAGCUGCACUUCAUCUUCCGAAUUUUGGGAACCCCAACUGAGGAGACAUGGCCAGGUAUCCUGUCCAAUGAGGAGUUUAGAACAUACAACUACCCCAAGUACCGAGCUGAGGCCCUUCUGAGCCAUGCACCCCGACUUGAUAGCGAUGGAGCUGACCUCCUCACCAAGCUGCUGCAGUUUGAGGGUCGCAAUCGGAUCUCUGCUGAGGAUGCCAUGAAGCAUCCAUUCUUUCUCAGCUUGGGGGAUCGGAUCCACAAACUUCCUGACACUACUUCCAUAUUUGCACUAAAGGAGGUACAGCUACAAAAAGAGGCCAACAUUCGGUCCACUUCUAUGCCUGACUCAGGCAGGCCAGCUUUCCGUGUGGUGGAUACCGAGUUCUAAGCCAAGUUUUAAGCCACAGACCAAGGCCCCAGCAGGCAGCGGCUGGAGGGAUGCCACACCCCUCACAGGGCAGCCCCCAUCUGCAAUCCUCCCUGCUUGUUGCCUGCUUACCUGCCUGAGCCACACUCCCCUGCCAACUUGUCCCCUGCCACCUGCCCAAACACCGAACCACUGGUCUGGCCUGUCAACCCAACCAUUGGCCUGUCUGCUGGGUGCUAACAAAGCUCUCACCACUACUUUGCUUGAUGUGUCUGUCUCUGUCUUGGUAGUUGCUGGUGGACAGAAUGGCCAUGCCAGCUUUCCACACUAAGGCUAGGCCUGCCCCUCUUCAUCACACUCUUUCCCAGGACCACUACCCCAUGGCCAGCCAGGGGUUUGGAGCCAACCCAGGCCAGGCUCUCAAUCGACUUUGACUAGAGGGUAGUGAUGCCUUGGGUCUGAGGCAUCCUCUGCCUGCUUCACACCUGUCCCACUUGCCUCUGUUGUACGGGCCUUCUUUUUUGUUAGUUUCUUUUAUUGUUUUUUUUAUUAUUAUUUUAAAUGAGGUUCUCACUUUUUAAUGCAAUAUCUCUGUAUACAGACUGGUUGGGCGCUACUCCCUGAGUGUGGCCCUCCUAUAGUAUUUUGUGCAAUGAAGUCCCACUCCCAGCCUUUGAGAGGUAGGGACCCAGACCCUAUUCAGAUCCUGACCAUCACUAGACCCUGGGAUUGGCUAUGGGAAAGCAUGCCUCAGCCACUCACCUUCCUCCCCUACCUAGUAUCCCCAGCUAUAGGGGGACCUGAGAACUACCAGAGACUGGGAGAUGGACAUGGUGGGGGCCUACUUUUUCCCUCCUUCAGUCCUGCAGUCAGGGCCUCCUUCCUUCUCAGGGUCUUCCCCAGCCCAGCUCUGCCUAGCCCUCCUGCCCUGUCCUACUCGGUGCUGUUGAGUAAAGGCUCUGCCAGGAAUUGACCAACUUAGUGAGGAGCCAUAUAUAAUAUGUAUAUGUGCACAAGCAGGGGGACAUGUAGGAGCUUGUGCCCAAUUGUUACACCCCAAUCCCUGGGAGGGUAAGGCAGGCCAGGGACAGUCUCCUGGAUGGAUGGUUUGCUCCCCUUCCUCCACCUUAAGCCUUGGGACCCUUAAGUGAGGUGGGAGGGCAAGGGAGGGUGCCCUCCUAGUGGGUUUUGGGGGGAUUGGUUUCCUGAAUGCACCAUAAUCGCUGUAUGAAAUAUUAAAAAAAAGUCUAAAGUGAAAA